AUGCAAGCAAUCGCCUCAACCUAUCACCAGGUCGUUCGCUUCAUCGGGAUCAAUGGGAGACAGGAAGAUCUACGAGGUGACCAAAUAGCCUCCAAAAAGUGCUACGUCUCAGCCGUCCACAAUUCCACCAAAGCCAAGCAAGUGCAAUGGGUCGAAAUUCCAAACAUCACCAUGAUCGACGAUGUCGGCCAGCAAGCCGAAGACAAAGCAGAAGAGGACCUCGUCCAAAUGCCAAUCAACGAGAAUGGCUCUCGAUUCUUCUUAAUCAGCUCUUCCAUCAGCGAGGCCGAACGUGAAGACAUGUACCAUCACCUCAAGAAAAACAUAAAAGUUUUUGCUUGGACCCCCAACGAGAUGCCGGGGGUUGAUCCCGAUUUCAUCAAGCAAUAUUCAAGAUGUUGCAAGAACAAAUCGGCUACAUCGUGGAAGCUUACAUUGAUGUCCUGGUCAUCAAAGCAAGAAGGAAUCCAACCACCGCAAGACUUGGCGAAAGUCUUCGAAAUCCUCAAACUACACAAGCUUUGGCUGAAUUCCGAAAAAUGCGCGUUCGGGGUGAGCGCUGGGAAAUUCCUCGGACACCUAGUCACCCGAAGAGGUAUUGAGGCCGACCCUAACCAAAUAAAGGCCGUUAAAGAUUUGCGCCCACCAAGGACAAUCAAGAAAGGAAAAAGCCAACGCAGCUUCGAGUGGACUUCGGAUUGUGACUCCGCUUUGGCUGAACUCAAAGAAUACUUAAACUCAGCCCCGCUGAUGGUGAAACCCAAGGAGUUCGAAACUUUAUAUUUCUACCUCUCCGUGUCCGCCCACGCAACCAGUUCUGCACUUGUGCGGCGGGAUGGCGCCAAUGACAUGCCAAUCUACUUCACAAGCAAGACGCUCCUUCUAGCUCAAACUCGUUACCUACCACUUGAAAAGUUAGCCCUUGCUCUCGUUUCAGUGGCUAGGAAACUCUUGCCCUACUUCCAAUCACACCCCAUCGUCGUCUUAACAAAACACCCCCUCAAGAGCCUCUUUCGAAAGGCUGAUCUAUCUAACAGGGUUCUUGUUGACUUCAUUGCUGAGCUUACUCCGGAAGAUACUGAACUUCUCAACACACCCAUCCUAACACAAACCGUCGCCGAGCAUCAGUUGCCGCCGAAACCUUGGCACCUUUUCCAAGGGAACAUAUGGCGUCUACAUGUUGACGGAGCAUCUAACAGCAACGGAGCAGGGGCCGGGGUUGUCCUAGUCUCCCCUUGCGGAACACUACAUGAAAGUGCUAUCAGCAUUGAAUUCCCCGCAACCAAUAAUGAAGCUGAAUAUGAAGCCCUCAUAGCUAGCUUACGCUCUGCAGUUGAGAUGGGAAUCUCCGACCUUGUCGUUUACUGCGACUCCCAACUCAUAGUCAACCAAAUCAACCGCGAACACAAUGCUCACGCAGACGCACUCGCUAACCUUGCCUCAACUUCUAAAGCCUCCGAAUUCAGAACAAUCAGCUUCGGCAGCAUUGACCAUCCAAGCUUCGACACAACUCCUGAAAUACUCAACGUUGAACUCGGUCGAAGUUGGAUGGACGAGAUCGUUGCAUUCCUCAAAAAUGAUACGUUACCAACAGACAAGAAGGAAGCUUAUCGCAUCAGGAUCAAAUCCGCUUACUACUGGCUCUCUGAAAGCAGCCAACUCUACAGGAAAUCUAUCUCCGGCCCAUAUCUCCUCGUGGUCCACCCAACCCAAGUUCCGGAGAUUCUCGCCAAACUUCACUCAGGGAGUUGUGGCUGCCACUCUGGCGGCCGUUCACUUUGCCAACGAGCAUUGAGUCAGGGAUACUUUUGGAAGAACAAGAAGAAAGACUGCGAAGACACAGUUCGCAAAUGCCAACCCUGCCAACUUUUUUCUCCUAUACCAAAGCAACCCGCCCAGAACCUCUCCCCUAUCACCAGUCCUUGGCCCUUUGCACAAUGGGGGCUUGAUAUUGUCGAAAAACUGCCAACAGCUCCAGGAGGAUUCAAGUUUGGAGUCCCUUACGCCAUCGUAUCAGACAACAGAAGCCAAUUCGUCAGUAAAGACCUCACCAGCCUCUGUGCCGAAUUUGGGAUACGCUUCUUCAACUCUACUCCAGCAUACCCCCAUGGGAAUGGACAAGCCGAGGCAACAAACAAGACCGUCUGCGCCGGGAUCAAACGUCGGUUAAACUCUAAGAGAGGAAAAUGGGCUGAGGAACUGCCACGUGUUCUUUGGGCUUACCGUUCUACCCCCCGGCGCUCAAUAGGCCAAACGCCCGUUUUAAUGGCGUUCGGCAUGGAGGCGGUAAUCCCACUAGAAUCCAAGUUCCCCACUUUGAGAACAAAGAACUUUGAUCCAAAGACUAAUGAAGAAGUAGUAGAACAGGAACUGAUCUUGGCAAAAGAGAAGCGUGACGACACUCAGCUAAAGCUCGCAGAGGACCAACAGCAAGUGGUACAAGCUAACAAGAAGCAGAAAUUCAAACCCAACUGGGAGGGGCCCUUUCGUGUUGUCAAAAUCGCUGGUGAAGGCGCUUACGUACUCGAGGACAUGACUGGGAAAGUCCUUACCAACCCGUGGAACGCACAGAACCUAAAGAAGGCAUACAUGUGA